GCUUCGCGGGAGUGUGUUGUGUUGGGCCGCGGCAGGCAAACUCACUGCCACCGGAGGGAUUACAUAAUUGGGAGUUUGAGUUUCACCAGUAGCGGAGCCGGCGUACGUGAGCAACGACGUGAGCGAUAAAGUUGUGUGUUCUGUGGCUGUGGUGGGAAAAGUGCGUUGCUGUCCAAUUCCAAAUUCCAUUUCGUGUCCAAAUCGAUGAAUCAGCAUUCUAUUUCCCAAUACGAAACCGUGGACGGUGGCUGUUGAUCCGAUUCGUAAGCCACAGCCAAACCAAGGCCGGCCACAGAGUGAGAUACGUGCAUCGCGACGCAUUUUAUUACCACCACGUGUCCGCGAUCCCGCGUGAAGUGCCAUUCUACUUGACCCGCCAGAAAAUCCCUCUCAUCGACGAUGGACCGGUUAGGAGGAACUCCGACGACGCUGGCCAUGGCGAGCCCGAAAAACACUAGUCAAUUCCGCAAUCCGUUCGGGUGCCGACCGUGGAUGGAGCAGAGUGGAGCAGCGGCCGCUGCUCCCGGGGCGAAAGGUUUGAAGGGUAUCGUGGCCGGCGGCAUUACCGGAGGCAUCGAAAUCUGCAUCACCUUCCCGACCGAGUACGUGAAAACGCAGCUCCAGCUGGAUGAGAAGGGCGCAACGAAGCAGUACAAUGGAAUUAUGGAUUGUGUGAAGAAAACGGUCAAAACGAACGGUGUUCUGGGCCUUUACCGGGGUCUGAGCGUGCUGCUCUACGGUUCGAUACCAAAGUCGGCCGUUAGGUUCGGUGCGUUCGAGAGCCUCAAAGGCCGGCUUGUCGAUACGAACGGCCAGCUGAGCACGUCCGGCAAACUGCUGGCCGGGUUGGGAGCGGGCGUGGCAGAAGCCAUCCUCGCCGUCACACCAAUGGAAACGGUGAAGGUGAAGUUCAUCAACGAUCAGCGGAGCGCCACGCCAAAGUACAAAGGUUUCUUCCACGGUGUCGGGAUGAUCGUGCGACAGGAGGGUCUGUCCGGCGUGUACAAGGGCCUGACGGCGACGAUCAUGAAGCAGGGCUCGAACCAGGCCAUCCGCUUCUACGUGAUGGAGUCGCUGAAGGACCUGUACAAGGGCAACGACCAAUCGAAACCGGUGCCCAAAAUGGUCGUCGGUGCGUUCGGUGCUGUCGCCGGUGCUGCGUCCGUUUUCGGAAACACACCGAUCGAUGUGGUUAAGACGCGCAUGCAAGGCCUGGAGGCGGCCAAGUACAAGAACACGAUGGACUGUGCGGUCCAGAUCUGGCGCAACGAAGGGCCGAUGGCGUUCUACAAGGGCACGGUGCCGCGGUUGAGCCGCGUCUGUCUGGACGUCGCGAUUACGUUCAUGAUCUACGACUCGUUCAUGGAUCUGUUCAACAAGUUUUGGCGCUAAGCAUCGGGCAAUCGGCCCGAGUCGCACCAAACCCAUGACAGGUGCUGUUAUUGGUCGGGAAUGUGGUGGCACAAAGGACGAACAAAUCUUACCGAAUCGGUGCAGCAGGAAAGAAUGGCAAACGAGACAUUCCAGAGGAUAUUCAGGGAUUAUAGAAGUUAGUCGACCGCAGAGUACGCGAUUAGCGGCGAAAACGAACACAUCAAUUGUUACAUGUAGGGCUUUUAAGCUCCAUCUUUGAAUGAGGGCCCCUUGGCACUGACUAGGUAGCAACAAGCACGAACUUAGCCAAUCGUAGGCUCGUUGUUCCGUAGUCGUUUCCAGCUAAAGUGAACUGCACUACUGUAUCAACGAAAAAUAUCAGUAACCGAAAAACUUACCGAUUGCAGGAUUAGGGAGCCAGACCGAAACAGAGCGCGGGAAAGGCAGCAAAACAUGUUAAUCUUUUAGUGUUAGAAACACGCCAAUAAUGCGCGCAUUUCUGUUUUGCAAAUGCACCACGGGCCGGUGCAAAUUGUGUAGACCCAAAACGGGCCAGUUCUUCGGUGUUGCUUCCUCAUGCUUACGACGAUCGGACGAGAAUAUGUACUUUAACUAUGCUUAAGGCAGCAGCAUUAACGCACGCAUUCCACUUUGAAGGGCAAUUUAUGGUUAGGGUUUGCAAUCUGCCGCCACUAUUGACACGGCAUUGUCGGCGUUCCAAGAGCGGAAGAUGUUUGUUUUUAUCGUUAGUGUUUGUUUUAAUGUUUACGCGCUUUCAUUUUGUUCGUUAUAAUUCGCGCCAUUGCCAACCAUUUGCGCGCGUCGAAUGCGGGUUUCUAGGCGCGCGUAAUGGAAACGAUAAAAUUCCUCACAUGCCGGUAUUUAUAUACACAGACACAUGUCGUAAAUAUACAAUCCGUUGUAGUGCUCCGUAGGGAUGUAUCGU